AUGGGUAUCUGCUGGUCCAAGACCCCCGGCCACUCUCAGCGCCACCCCCAAACCACAAACAUCUACAAUGACGUAAUGCUAGCUGCUGCCCGUCGUGAGCGCGUCACUAAGCGCGAGGAGGUGAGGAAGAAGAGGGAGGAAAAGAAGGUUGCGGCGGCCGCCAAAAAGGCAGGGGCAGAUGACGGAGCUGGGAAUAGUGGUGGAGUCCUGUCUAGGGGUUCUGGCAUUGAUGAGAGCGUGUGA